AAGCUAGAUUUAAGGAGUGUUUUCAGGCCCGCCUACCCUUUACUCUCUCUCUAUAUUUGCUACAUUUUCCAACAUUAAACGGUACUCUCUCAUAAUAUUAUUAUGAAGUGGGGGUAAGAACAGUGAGCUCUCUUCAGUGCUAUACUACUAGCAGUAUAAUAUUACUGGGACUAUUUUAGUAGGUAAAUAUAUUGGGAGAGAGCGGAUAAAACACAGAGAGAUUAGAGAGAGAGAGAGAGAGAUUGGGAGAGAAUUUGAUAAAUCUCAGAGAGAUUUAGGAGAGAGAGAUUGGGAGAGAAGUUGAUAUAACUCAGAGAGAGAGAGAGAGAUGGGAAGAUCCACUAAAUCUUGCUUCAAGAUCAUCACUUGUGGAAGUGACUCUGUUGAUAGAGAUGAUCUCCAAGUUUCUGAGAGCAAGUCUUCAGCUCGUGGAUGGAGUUUCCGCAAGAGAUCUGCCAGCCAUCGAGUGCUGAGCAACACUGUGAUUUCAGAAGUACCUUCUUCUGUCAAUAAGGAGAGCCCAGAAGCAGUUAGUGCUGACUAUCAGAAUCAACCUAAAGCUGGUCUUCCAGAAAAAUCAUCUGAAAUGCAAUGGACUGAAGAAGUUCCCCAGCUGCCAGCUGCAAUAAACUCAAAAUUUCUCGAGGCUGUAGUGGGUGCAGAAGUGGACACCAAACUGGAUAUUCCACCUGAUGAAUCUGUUGUUACUGUUAUCCAGACUGCCAUCAGAAAAUUCUUGGCUCAAAGAGAGCUAACAAAGCAAAAGAAUAUAGUUACUCUGCAAGCAGCUGUACGAGGACAUCUAGUUCGAAGACAAGCCGUGGGAUCACUGCGUUGUGUGCAAGCCAUUAUCAAAAUGCAAAUUCUUGUUCGUGCUCGCCAUACUCGUCUUUCUGCUGAAGAGAAACGACAUGUAAAGCCUGGGAGAGAUAGCAGCAAAGUAAAGGAAGAGAGAAAAUCGGGAGCCAAACCAGGUGCAGAAUAUACAUCCAUUGAGAAGCUACUUAGUAAUAGCUUUGCUCGUAGGCUCUUGGAAUCAUCACCAAGUACUAAAUCCAUGAACAUCAAGUGUGAUCCUUCAAGACCUGACUCGGCUUGGGAAUGGAUGGAAAGAUGGGUGUCAGUUUCACCAACCGAACAAUCACCAAAAGUAGAACCAAGCACGGCACUAAAGGAUCAGGAGAUACUGAAGCAUCCUGAAAAUCAAGUGGAAACUGCAUGUGCAGAUAAAGAGGAUUCCGAGCUAACAGACUUCACUUUCGUUGCUACAUCGGCAGCUGUCCCUUACUUGGAGUCUGACUCCGAGGAAGCAGCAGUGCUAUCUAAAAGUGAGCAAAACUUGGCAAGCCAAGAGUUUGAGCAGCCUCAGCCAGAGUCCCAGGACUCUACAAAGUCAAGUGAGAGUCCACAACAACCUCUUGAUAAACCGUCAGAUUCGAGUCCUGAAGUAGAGCUAAACAACCUUCCCAGCAAGCCGGAACUGGAGGAAGAGCAACCCAAGCGAUCAGUAGAAAUUGUUGCCUCGGAACACACUGGAACCGAGGGGAGGAAGAUUGUGUUCGGAUCGAGGAAGGCUAGUAAUGCUGCAUUUAUUGCAGCCCAGUCAAAAUUCGAAGAGCUAACUUCCACAUCAAAUUUAGUAAAUUCGGUUAACAGUUGCAAUGAAGACAAUGAGGUUGAAUCCGGCGAUAUUACAUUUUCCUCCUCUAUAGAUGAUUCAGUUAAAACAAAGGACACCAAUCUUGCUGAUGAUGCUAUUCCCACUGCCCCAAAGGUUCUACUUGGUGGGUCUGAAUGUGGAACUGAACUUUCUAUAACUUCUACUCUUGAUUCACCUGAGCAGUCUGAGUUUGGAGCUGUGGACGGGCAUGAAGUCAAUAUCUCCGAGGAAGAAAUGAGCAAUCUUAAGAACACUACUAUUUGUAUAGAAAAUGAAGCUAGGGUUGAUGAUCCAUCCAUCAUCUUAAAUACUGACCUAUCCAACCCCCUCAUGGUUCAAUCGGAAAAACAGAGCGAUACUGAUAUUGUCAAUGAAGAAUCCUCAAAGCUGGAGGACAGGUCAGUGGAAAUUGCUUCCAGUAUGCAGAAAAAAAUGGAACAUGACACAGUUAAUCAAAUGUACAAGUCUUCUCCAGAGGCAUCACCAAGAAGCCGGGUAACUAUUCUUGAUUCCCAAACUACACCGUCGAGCCAGGUAUCUACAAAAUCUAGAAAGACCAGGAGUGAGAAAAAUGGAUCCAGCCAAAAACGAAAGUCUUUAUCUGUUGGUAAACGAUCCCCAUUACCCAGUAACGAUUCAGGUGUAAGAAGCAGUUUAGAAAAAUUACCCAAAGAUGAAAAAGCUGGGAAGCAUCGGAACUCUUUUGGUUCAGCAAAAACAGAUCAUGUCGAUGAGGGACGAAGGGAUAGUAGCAGCAGCCCAUCUGUCCCCAGUUACAUGCAAGCAACGGAAUCUGCAAGAGCUAAAGCUUAUGCCAAUAUCACUCCAAGGUCAAGUCCUGAUGUGCAAGACAAGGAAUCUUACAUUAAAAAGAGACACUCUCUGCCUAGCGCCAAUGGAAGGCAAGGUUCCCCUCGUAUACAGCGCUCGACAUCUCUGGCACAGCAGAGCACAAAGGAAAGUGGAAACGUUCCUGCUCAAGAAAAAAAGUGGCAGCGAUGAAUCAAAGAUACAAACGUGAGAGACAACAUACACUAUAAUGGCUAGUGACAUGAAGCAGAUGCAUGGCUCUGGACCGGUCCCAAAAAGAUUUCAUCAGUUACAUUGUGAUUAAUACCUUUAUUUUCUGGAAUUGCGGUUCAAAUGUUUUCUUGUUUUUAAGUUUAGAACAGUACUGAGUUGGUAUCAUAAAUUGUCGCAGGAUGUUCUGUUGUUUAUUAUGCAGAAUAUAGAUUCCCCUUUUGUAAUGUAUAUUUGGUUUGUUUUAUGUGGAUUAAAAACUUAUGUUAAGGAUCCCUGGUCUUGUGCU